AAACUCUGGCCCGCGGGCCAAAUUUGGCCCGCAGUGUAAUUAUAUUUGGCCCGCGAGGCUAUACCAAAUGACUACUCGAGCUGGCCCACUGGUAUUAUACAGCGCAUUCAUUUAUCGCUAAUACUACAAAUCCCAUAAUGCCUUGCUGUUGUUUUGGCCGUCAAUCAGGACAGGUCCCAGAAACGCUCUCUCCUCUAUGACAGUAGUUAUAGCGAUCUACAACUGUCACUGUGGAACCCCUUCGCAAAAAUGACGAAAAGAAAGGCAGACAACAGGAGCUUUCUGGACAGGUGGGAGACAGAAUACCUGUUUACAUUUGUAAAAAACAGACCUGUUUGUCUGAUUUGUGGAUUCAACGUGGCUAUAACGAAGGAGUAGGCCUACAAUAUUAGAAGACACUAUGAAACAAAACACCAUGACAAGUACAAGGACCUGGACAUGACUCAAAGGAGCAAGAAAGUAGAGGAGAUGAAAAGAAGUUUGGUUUCACAACAGAAUAAGUUAAAAAAAGCCACAUCACAAAGUGAGGCUGCUGUAAAGGCCAGUUAUAUUGUGGCAGCAGAGAUCGCUAAAUCAGCCCGGCCCUUUAAUGAGGGAGAGUUUGUGAAAAAGUGCACGUUGAAAGUUUGUGACGUCGUGUGCCCAGAGAAAAAGCAAGCCUUUUCAAACGUGAGCCUGAGCAGAAACACAGUAGCUGAGCGCACAUGUGAUCUGGCCACCAAUCUAUAUGACCAGCUUAUGGAAAAAGGAAAAGAUUUCGUUGCAUUCUCCCUUGCUGUGGAUGAGAGCACCGACGCAUCGGAUACUGCUCAGCUGUCAGUCUUCAUCCGUGGAGUGGACUCAAACAUGUGUGUUACGGAGGAGCUAUUGGGAUUCAAAUCAAUGCAUGGCACAACCACAGGAAAGGAAAUCUUUGAGGAAGUUUCCAAAUGUGUAACUUUAAUAAAGCUGCCGUGGAAUAAACUCGUGGGAUUAACGACAGAUGGUGCGCCAGCGAUGUGCGGUAAAACAAGUGGACUGGUGGGCAGGGUCCGGGAGAAGAUGCAGGAAGAGAACUGUGCAGGUGAACUAACUGUUUAUCACUGCAUCAUACAUCAGGAAUCACUGUGUGGCAAAGCCCUAAAGAUGGAAAAUGUUAUGACCACAGUAACACAAGUAGUUAACUUUAUAAGAGCCAAAGGUCUGAAUCACCGCCAGUUUAAGUCUUUUCUGGAGGAGUGUGGUUCUGAAUACGCAGACGUGCCGUAUCACACAGAGGUGAGAUGGUUAAGCCGAGGAAAAGUACUGAACAGAUGUUUCGAGCUGCAUGAGGAAAUAUGUCAGUUUCUGGAAAGCAAAGGAAACACAGCAGAGUUUCGGGACAAAAAGUUUCUGUGUGAGCUGGCCUUUCUGUGUGACAUCUCGAGCCAUCUCGAUGCGCUGAACCUGCAGCUUCAGGGGCGGGGGCUCAUCAUUACAGACAUGUACGCUGCAGUGAGGGCUUUUAAAACUAAACUGUGCCUGUGGGAGAAUCAGAUGCUGCAAGGAAACCUUGGCCAUUUUCCCUGCUGCCAAACCAUAAAAACGCAGUUCUUUACCACCUUGUUCCCAUGCGCAGAGUUUGCUGAAAAUCUCAGUGUACUCGGCGCUGAGUUUUGCCGGCGAUUUGCCGACUUUGAUGUCCAGAAAUGUAGGUUUGAACUGCUCAGUAAUCCCUUCGCAGUUAAUGUGGAAAAUGCACCAACCAACCUCCAAAUGGAGCUAAUUGAACUCCAGUGCAAUGAUACGCUGAAGUCAAAGUAUGAUGCUGUGGGCGCCGCACAGUUUCCACAGUUCAUCCCUGACACAAUGCCUCAGCUCCGCACCCAAGCUGCUCAGAUGCUCUCCAUGUUCGGCAGCACUUAUCUAUGUGAGCAACUUUUCUCCUCGAUGAAGAUGACCAAAACAUCUCACAGGAGACGUCUGACUGAUGAACACCUUCGCUCGACACUGAGGAUUGCCUCGGCUCAAAGCCUGAGCCCAGACAUUGAUGAACUAUCAUCCAAGAAGAGAUGCCAGGUAUCUGGCUUGGGCACAUCAGAUUAGAUCAGUGUGUAGCAAACUGAGCAAUAAUUUCCGUUUUCUUUAUGCACUUUUUCUUGCUACUCCAAGACAUGGGCUUGAAUGGUUGAU